CGGCAAUCUAGACGAACCACUCAUGCGACGGAGUGUGCCGUCGAGCAGUCGAUGAUGGUGGGGGUUUCGGCCAAGUCUCAGGAGAUCAGAAAGUUCAAGAUGUUUUCUUGAAAAUACUUGAAUACCCAUGUGCUCGUCCAAUAUUCCGACUUUUCCUCGUUUAUUAUCGAGAUCGUAUUCAACAUAAACACAGGAUGAGGGUCAGAGAGCUAUAUUUGGUGUUGGAUGUACACGGAUGUAUGCAUGGAAGAUGUCUCUCGAUAAGGUCAAUGAGCGAAUCUCGUUUCCGAACUCAAAGCCAGCAAGAGAGGUCUCAAGUGCUCUCUCGGCAUAUCCGAUGUCAAAGGUCGAAGGUCGAGAAAUGAAUACGCCUACGCGAGGAGUGUUAAAUAUUGAGAAAUUCAAGGAGGCGGUAACGAAAGCGGCCGUUUUCCCUUUUUGCUUGCCUCUACCUCGCUGCAAGAUAGACAGGGUAAUUGCAGUGCCUCGUCGUACGUACCGCUUGUACGUAUAUAAAGAGCUUGUUUACCUGGCGGGCAAUCGUACGAAGACUAACGUACCUCGUUCCAAACGUGCACUUUGAAAAUAUCGCUCGAGAGCCAUAUGCGUCUCAGACUAUCUGCUUUAGCAACAUAACAGCGCUUCUGUCAGUUUCCUGCCCAGGCGCACGGUACGAAACCACUCUGGGCCGGUUAGGAAGAAGGGUGCCGGAAGUCCCGUGGAAAAGGGCCGGAAGUAUCCUGGCGGCUGGAAGAGACCAGACCUACGGCAUCGCUCAAAGGACCAUUCCCCUCUUCGUGCUCGUUACCGCCGAACCAUGCCAUGAAGUAUAGGGCCACAAAGCGAAGUACAACUCUCGACUACACGCAGUUCGCUCGACAAGCACGUCCGUAAGCGCCGCCCCGAGCACCCGGUGUGUCAUCAAACAUCAACGACGUCGACAAUCACGGCGACGUCGACGACGGUCAACAACAGCAACCGCCGUCCGACUCCCACGCCGAAUCUCAUCGACCUUUCGAAGUUCGUAGAAAGUGUGUCCUACGAAUGGCGCGCAAAGGGAAAGGUCGAUUCGAUGAAAUGAUGAAAAGAAAAAGAAGUAGAAACGAAGAAGGCAAAAGUGCUUUCGUUCAUCGAUGCCGUCAAAUCCAACUAUUCUCCUAAAGAAGGAUUUUAAAUAUACAAAGCAACACCAAACAUUGAGUCAAAAUUAAAAGGGUCUGCUCCACAUCCCUCAGGCUACUGUCGACUGCGACGUAAACGUCAUCCCUCAAGCUCGCCCCUCGAUCUCUCUUUCUCAUCGUCGGUGCACCGUAGCCGCAUUGUCAUCCGUGCUGAACGAACGAUCCGAGAGGAAAUACGUAGUGCGUUGGACGCGCUACGAGGCGAGGAGAUGAAACCGCGCAGUGUUAUUAUCCGGAAAAUCUGAAUCGAUUCGCGUCGUGCAAUCUCGACAGUGGUGAUGAUGCACGGCCUGAUAAUCAUGAUAAGCGCGUUUUUAACGCGACAUUGAUGAAACAGCUGACGGACAUGUGCGAGGCGCACGUGUAAUCGUGCAUCGAGUUGACUGGCUACUCUACGUGAUCCACGUGUGCAAAAGCACGGACGCAUCCUUCGCAAGGAGCAAAUCGCUCUCCAGUAACCGGGAAAGCCUGUGAUCUUCAGCGUCGCGUUAAGAAUGCGCCGAGCUUUUUACAAGCAAAUUGUUUGAAGAUGCAGCCUGGACGUUUCGUGCAAAUAUUUAUUAUUCCUUGCGAUGCCACCAUUGCGAAUUAUACGUCGUUCUGAAAGGAUCGCAUACAGAAUGCACGUCGACCAGUUAUCAACGCUAUAUUUAACGCACCAAGUUUCAGAAUGAACGCGACAGCGACGUAUAACGGUGUGAUCAGCACCGUCACUGAUGGUGACCUUGAUAUUUCGCCGGUGACACUGUCGUCGGCCUGGUCCAGAGUGGCCCGACUUCUGCUGCUGGCCUCCCUCGCUGUCGCCGGCAGCGUAGGUAAUGUCUUCAUGAUAUCCGCCGUGGUGGUGGAGGAUCAGCUCAACAAACGAGGAAACGCGUUCCUCGUGAACGUGGCGUUAGCGGACCUGCUGGUGACCGGCGUGGUAAUACCGGCCUCGGUAAUCGUAAUCCUGGCGGGCCAUGAAGAGUCCCUAAUUACUUGCCGAUUCGAGUAUACCAUCGAGAUCCUUUGCUUCCUGGUGACCGUACUAACGUUGGGCGCAAUCGCCGUGGAAAAUUACGCACGUCUGUGUCUGCCUGCCGAAAGGUACGCCAACCUGAAAGCGAGUCAUGUAACGGCCACAAUCAUCGCUCUCUGGGCGAUCGCCGGGAUCGUCACGAUCGUGGUGAUCGUUCAGUCGACCUCGGACGUGGGUCCCGACUUUUGUCGCCGUAGGUUCAGCGGCAUCACGUGGGAGCAGGCGGUGGGUGCGGGCGUGCUGGUCGGGCUGCCCGCUCUGGUGACCAUCUUCUUCUACGUGAAGCUGGUGGUGCGUGUGAGGCGCACCACUCGGAGCUAUAAGCCACCGGCCGCCUUCUUCUGGGACUACGAGCUUACGAAGGCGAACAUAUACAGUUACUUGAUGUUCGUCAUUUUUUGGCUGCCAUUCGGCCUGGCGGUCUGCGUGAAUUCCUUCAGCCGGAUCAGCCCGCGCGUGCUCUUCAACUCGGCCUGGUUCGCUCUGUCCAAGUCCUGUUUCAACAAUCUACUCUACUGCGUGGCAGACCGGCACUUUCGCAGUGCUUACGUGAAGCUCUUCCACUAUUGCUGCUGCAAGACUACGGUAACCUUCUCGAGGAGGCCGCGCGGUGGCGAUGGCGGCAGAAAUGCGAGCGACGUGCGACUCAGAGUGCAUAUCAUUCACUCGUACGCAAGUCCAUCAUCCUGUCGUCCGACUGUGGCCAGACCUAACGGACGUGACGUUUAUGAGCUUUAAAGGUAACGUCACGCGUAGACUGCU